AUGGCAGACAUCAAACCUAGCGAAGACCUGGUCAACGAUCGCGAUCUCUUGGGCGAUAAGCCAACUGAUACUUCCCAUGUUGCCGAGCUUACCGAGGCUGAGAAAGCCAUCGAGAAGAAGCUGGUCAGGCGUAUAGACUGGCUCAUCAUGCCUCUCAUCCUGAGUGUUUAUCUUCUUAAUUGGAUUGAUCGCAACAACUAUGCUUCUGCUCGCCUUGCUGGGCUUGAAGAGGAUCUAAAUCUCUCUCUCACGGAAUACCAAACUGGUCUCUCCAUUCUUUUCGUCGGAUACAUCCUGGGCCAAAUCCCUUCCAACCUGUUGUUGAACUGGUUUGGCCGUCCAUCUUUGUAUCUCGGCAUCUUUACUAUUGCCUGGGGUUUGGUCUCUGCGUUGACUGCCCUGGUGCAGAACUUUGCUGGAAUAGUGGUUUGCAGAUUUAUCUUGGGCUUUGUUGAAGCACCAUUCUUCCCCGGCGUUCUCUUCUAUCUUUCGAAAUGGUACUCCAAGAAGGAAAUGAAUUUGAGAAUGAGCAUCUUCUAUUCAGGUGCUCUUGUCGCUGGCGCUUUUGUUACUGUUGUGGCAGGCAUCAUCGUUUGCGUCUUCUUGCCUGACUUCCCCCAAACAUGGAAGGCUCUCACGCCUGAAAUGCAGCAUGUUGCGAACCGAAGACUUGCUCUUGAGGCUGCAGAGGCUGAUACCGACGAAGAGGGUAUCUCAUCGCAGCUGAAAGGCCUCAAGCUAUGCAUCACCGACGUCAAAGUCUGGAUAUUUGCAUUCAUUUACAUGGGCCUCACUGGGGCACAAGGCUUUGGGUAUUACUUCCCGACUCUGACAAGAACUCUGGGGUACAGCCAGUUCAUUUCACUCCUUCUGGUCGCUCCUCCCCAUGUCUUCAUCACUAUAUGGAGUUACAUACACGGCAUUAUCAGCGAUCGCUUUACGACCCGAUACUGGUUUUGCUUGUAUCCUGCGGUGGUGUCGAUCGUUGGGUUCUCUGUUUUCAUGACUACGAACGUCUUUGGGCCGAAGUACAUGACUUUCUUCUUCAUGAUGUUUCUCAUGAACAUCAACGGCACCCUUUUUAGCUGGAUUGCGGGGGUUGUCUCCAGACCACCUGCAAAGCGUGCAGCAGCAUACGCUCUCAUCAACUCUCUGGGCAACAGCGUCAGCAUCUGGACGCCAUACACUUAUCUCGAUAAGGAAUCACCGUAUUUCUUCACUGGAAUUGGCAUCUGCGUUGGACUCAUCACUUCGGCAGCUGCAUUGAUGACCCUGCUUCGACUGAUUUUGAUACGAGAGAACAAACGGUUAGCUCGACUUGAGAAUGAGAACGUCCAGUUGACACAGAAGGAGUUGUCAAGGCUUGAGAAGACUGCUCAGGUGGAAGGAGUCAGUAUUACGGCAGCACGUGCCUUGCAAAAGGGUUUCAGGUACACCAUCUGA